AGGGGCGGAGCCCGGGCUCUCAGGAAGGGCGGUCACGUGACCGCAGGGCUGGGCUGGCACGUGCUGGGCGCGAAGGCUCCUGCUGCUGCCGCCGGGGCGGGGCUCCUGGGUCCCUCUGCCCCCCCGUGGGGCCGUGCCUCUGUUUCCCCCUCUGCACUAGGGGGGCUCACGUUUCCAGGUGCUGCUCUGUGCCCCGUAGCAGCGGGGACGGCUGUGGGCCGGGGGGCAGCACUGUACCCUGACUCCUGGCAGCCCCGGGUGAACUUUCAGUAUCGGGCCUCCCUUCACCAGCAAUAAUUGUAAUAAUAAUCAUUGUUUUCACCAUUUCCGGGCAGUCUCCCAAUUCGCCCACGUGCGUGUCCAGCCCUGGGCGGGGGCGUCUUCCACCUGUGCAGCUGGCUGCUGCAAUAGCCCCUGUCCUGCCACCCCGGCCUCUCCCGCACUCACCUCAUAAUGCGGCGGUCCCUCUGGCACAGCCUCAGCUCGCUGCCUCCCUGCUGCUGCUGAUGCUGUUGGGUGUGUCACAAAAGACCCUUGGUGGUGCGAGCAGGGGAGCUGCAGAGCCCCAGGCCUGGGCCAGAGCCGGGGGGCUCAUCUAUGGGGCAGUGGCAGAGCAGAGGCGGCCACAUGAGAGGUAAAGAGCUCGUGUUGCUGGGGGCAGGCGCUGUUCCUAAGGCGAGAGGAGGAAGGAUGGGGGUUGCAGGCCGGGGGGCUGGAGCACCUGGAGUCUGUUCUGCUCCGGGAGGGAGCAGGAUCCGCUGGAGAGAGACGUGCACGUGCACGUGCACGACUCCUUGGUUCUCGUCCCAGCUCUGACGAGAAGGGCUGCAAACAAACUUGGGUUGUCUUUUAAAGGAGAAAAAUGUAGGAAACCCUGGCUUUUUUUCCCUUGCAGCUUGCAAGGGGCUGCUUGGGGCUUCACACCCCCACACACCCCCACUCCCUGCCACGCACGCUGGGGGCAGCGGGGCGGGAGAACCAACUCGUACAGUACUUGACCUCAAGGGAGACCACGUCACCCCAUUCCUCCCGGAUUAAAAGGCUACCGUAUGCCCCGGUACAAAAAAGGGUGAGAACCCUUUUUGUACCAGGACUACGUUUUUCUCCUUUUAAAGAGAAUCCAUGUUUAAAAUUUGUUCCCAACCCUUUCGUAUAUUCUUGCAACCUGUUGUGACCCACGGGUUGAGAAAUGCUGCUGUAGAGGCAUAAAGUAACACGACAGAUCAGAGGGGAAGCUUGGCUGUGCCUUGUCUGAUCCCAUAAACCUCCUGCACAGAUAAUGUAGAGAGCCCCUGGUACCCACAGUGAGACUCUGAGAAGAAACAGUGGUGUCUAGAUCCUUCCUCCGCAGUCUGCCUUUCAUGUGUCCCUGGCUGAUACCUACCACAAACAUCAUCAGCUGACGGGAGCCGGAGCCAGGAGCUCAGAGAAGCCAAUUGGCAGGAGCACAGCCAGCACAUGCAAAGCCCUUCAAAAGCCCACGGCUAUCUUGUUCAAGCAGCUGCAAGUACAUCAGCAAAGCAGCAGUGGCAGGAGACUUGGGGGUGUGCAGAGACUCCUCAGGGAGAAGCUGAUGCCCAGCAGCCCACUGUCAGCCAAACCUGGGAGCAGAGAAAGGUGGAUCUCCAGAAGCACAGCCAGCACAUCCAAACAUCACCACAGGCCCACACGAACCAUGUCCAAGCCCCCAGUGGUAAAUCAGCCAAGAAGCAGCAGCAGAAGAGCUCAGGGGCGGCAGACAGGCCUCGAAAGAAAGUGGAGAAACUAGCCAAGAAGAAAAGGUAUAUUAUACCGAAAAUCAUUGUCACCGGGCCCUUGGAUGAGGAGGAGAGCUACACUGAUGUGGAUGACCUCCCAGAGUCCAAAACCAUCAGAGAUACAGAGUACUAUGGUCCAUAUAAUGUACAUACAAAACCCAGCACCAUAGAGGCUUACCAAGUCAAGAGAGAAAUGCCGUGAGUUCUGAUUCUGGAGCGUCCUGUUGUUCUCUCCUCCUGACAACACAAAGACACAAGGAUGCAACAAAUGCCGUUAGUUGAGCUCCUCAACUAAUAAACAGGGGUCUGUAACAACAACUUCGUUCAUGGUCUCACUUUCCCUAGCUCCCUGCGACAUCUGGAGGAGGAAGAGGAGAAUGGGAAUGGAGAAGCUUGCUAAAAAAAUAAAUGUAUUUAGUCAUCCGUUUCAGAUUCCAAGUCAAUAAAAGACUAGACGUGCGAGCGGACGCAUGACAGCGAUCGUGGUAUCCCAAAGGUUCCCGUAUCCAGCACUUCAAAAGCAGAAGUGCCUGUGUAAAGGACCUCGAGGGGUCUUUCGUGUCUCUUCAGAGCAGCCUUUCAGGGGGUGGCACACUGCAUCCUGCUCUCAGUUCAGUUUACCUACGAGACCACACCAGGGUGAAAGGCUGAAAUGGUCUCACUUAGGUUUCAACCUAUGGUUUUGGGGACCCUCAAGUUUUCAGACGACAGAUGAGCCAGCUCCUCCUUCCCUGGCGUUCCCGGGCUGGGAGCCUGUGUUACACCUGCGACAACCGAUGGCGUUUUAUCAGCCGUGUUAGGAGCCGGUCACAGAACAAGAGGAGCAGGCAAAAUAUGCCUGGCUGUUCCCCACGUAACAAAAGAGCCAGAAUCUCUGAACCUGAAUCAAGUGUGAGAUCAAUAGGAGAAUCUUUCAUGGGGAACGCUGCAUGUGUAAAAAUCAGAUGAGCUGCUUCUGUUAUGUAAAAUGUCACUCCUUGUCGGUUUAAGAAGCUAUUUGCCAAAGAAGCACUAGCACUGAAAGAGGGUUUUCCAGCAAAAGUGGUUUGAUAAACUCCUCUUUCCGCACCAGGAUUUGUUAAGCCCUGUUCAGACUUCCCCGUGUCUGGCAAUCGGCUUAGUCAAGCCAGGCAAUUACACGGGAGAAAUGCAGAUGCACAAAAUCUGCUUACACACCUCCAGCAAGCUGAUGACGGGGACAGAGCUAACCAUCAUUUGCUGGUUUGUCAAGGAGAAUAAUUUGUCUUCAGCGAGCAGACCUGUGCAAAUCCAUCCCAGUGGCUUUACUAAUUUUAACUCAGUCCUGCUGGUCAAUCGUUUGCUCGUGAGAUAAAUUCAUGCUUUAUAUAGCAACUUCCAUUCGAGGCUCUCCACAUGGAUUAUGAGCGUGAUCUGAAGACUCGCAGUGCUGCUGGGAGAUGACUUGGUACCAUUAUCCCCAUUUCACAGUGAGGAAACUGAGGCACAGAGUGGGUAAGUGAUGCCCCCUCCAGAUCAGUCAGGAAGUCUGUGGCAGGUCCAGCAAGGGAGCCCUUAUCUCCUCGCCCCCGUAUCAGUGUACGUGCUUCAUGUCUAAAGGCUUUGAACAUCACAUCAAGCUGCCUUGAGGUUUUUUCCAGGCCGUUCUGCUGCGGAGGUUUUGCUCCUCUCGGUGUUUUCAUUUUACUUCCGACGCCGUAAUGGUGACAGUUCUGCCUUGCUAAUUAGCACCAUCCAGAGGCCCGCGCGCGAAAUAAUGCAGCUUUCACCGGGCCUGAGAGACUUGUCACCUGCCAGCUGUCUUUACCUGCAAAAUCCAUCCCGAUCGCCUGGACGAAACACCGAUCCGUUUGCUAAUCCCUCCACACCACUCCCUGGCUUCAGUCCAUUUCAGCGAUGCCGAAACGCCUGUCGUCGUCCCGCUCCCCAGCGGGGAGCUGUCAGACACCGCCAGCUGCGAUGGGUCCAGCCGCUAGACGGGACCCCCCAUUAACGAGUCCAUUAACGGGUCCGGCUGGUUUCGCUGCACUGCUUAUUACUCACACCGCAAACUUUGCUGAACAAAACCCCGGGGAGCGGCAACCAGUCGAUGCCACGGUACGGAUGACACGGCCGUGUUGUGGGGUAUCUGUGCCGUAUAGGGUGGCCGUCGUAGAGGACAGUGGUCGUCACACGGCAGCGGAGAGCGGAUGCCGGAAAGCACAGGGAAUUCGGUCUGAUUUGGGGGUUUCACCCCCAUUAUUCCUCUCCCAGCCUCCAGCAUUUACGGUCUCGGGGAAGUUCCCAGCUCAUGCCCGUUUCCUCCAAGGACGCGUCCGAUCCCUCGGUGAAUCUGGCUAAACGCCCGGCUUCCGCCCCGUGGCCACGAGUCCCGUCCUGUAAUGAAACAUAACUUCCUUCGGUUUGUUUUAA